GAUCUACUGAGUGGCGAGUGCCCCAUUGGUUUUGCAGCUCGGCCCCUCGGCGGGCAGGCAGAGAAAGCGUUCAUGGUGGCGCGGGGGCUUGUCCGCGAGGCCCGGGAGGACUUGGAGGUGCAGCAGGCCAAGCUGAAGGAGGUGAGAGACCGCCUGGACCGCACCUCCAGGGAGGAUAACCAGUACCUGGAGCUGGCAACUCUGGAGCACCGCAUGCUGCAGGAGGAGAAGAGGAUUCGCGCCGCCUAUCUGCGUGCUGAAGACGCCGAGCGCGAACAGUUCUCCCUCUUCUCUGCGGCUGUGCGGGAAAGUCACGAGAAGGAGCGUGCUCGGGCCGAGAGGACCAAAAACUGGUCCCUCAUCGGCUCAGUCCUGGGGGCCCUGAUCGGCGUGGCUGGCUCCACCUAUGUGAACCGUGUGCGGCUGCAGGAGCUAAAGGUCUUACUUCUGGAGGCGCAGAAGGGGCCCAUGAGCCUCCAGGAGGCCAUUCGAGAACAGGCGUCCAGCUACUCCCUCCAGCAGAGGGACCUUCAUGACCUCAUGGUAGACCUAAGGGGCCUGGUACAAGCUGGGCCAGGGCAGAGCUCUGGGUCCCAGGCAGGUGCUUCCCCUGCCCGAGACAGGGGCCCAGAUGCUCUUUCAUCCGCCCUGAAGGAGCAGCUCAGCCAUUCCAGGCAGGUCCAUGCCUGUCUAGAGGAUUUACGAGAACAGCUUCAUGGUCUGGAAAAGACUUUCAGCCAAACGGCUGGGGCGCUUCAGCUCGCAAAGGCUGCAGACAGGGCUCUGCCCGGCUCCACGCUGGAGCAGGGGAGCAUGCUCGUGGCGCUGGAGGACGUGGAGCAGAGGCUGGAAGCCCAGGUCAACCGGAACACCAUCUACAGCACGCUGGUGACCUGUGUGACGAUUGUGGCCACGAUGCCUAUGCUCUACAUGCUGUUCAGGGCCAGCUAGCCCCUGGACCCCGGUCCAGAGGGUUGGGGGUGUGGGUGUGGGCGUAGCGGAGGGUCUCAGCAGGCAGCGAGCCUCCUUUGGGGACACAGCCUCAGCUGGAGUCUGAGUGCGGUCUGCGCGGCCCACCAGCAGACACACUGGCCUUUUAGGCAGUGCUCAUUUAUACUAAUCGUGGAAACUUUGUGCUCAUGUCCAAUUAAAAUGUCUUUGAGUUUGUGUUAUUUAAAGUAA